AUGUACAUCGAGCUUUACACGGAAAAUUCGAAUACCCGCCUAAUUGGAGCCCUAAACUCGUUGAUUACCGGGAAAUUGGCAGAUUUGGAUCCAGUUGUCAAAAGACUGUUCCUCGAAAUGCAGCAAAUUCGCCCCAUCGAAUACUACGAGUACUACAUUGAGCUGCUCGGCGAGCUGCAAAUGUGCUCUGUUAUCGAUAAAACCGAUGAGAAACAGUUGCCACGUGUCAUUCAGCUGAUUGGAUUACUGUCAGAAUUAAAACUACAAGACGUCCCAAAAGCAUGUGGAAAGCUGUACUAUUUGAUGGGGACCAUGAAAGGAGAUGGCAAGAAGAAGUCGUCAGUCAUGGAUAACGCCGUCAAAAGUAAACUCCUACCCAAAAUUUUUGAUUCGAUAAUUUUAUCGGCGGGAGGUUCGAAAAUUUUGAAUUUAUCUCGAAAUUCUGUUCACAAAAUGGUGGAAUUGGUGAUCAAUGAAAAGUAUUCGUAUGCUGAACAAGCCACUAUCUCAUUCGCUCCAUUGCAAUUUUUGAAUCGCAUUUUUCAAGAAUUCGAAAUAUGGGAAAAAUCAUGGGCGGCACUGAAAAAUCGGCUGGAUUCGUUUAAGAUGAGCAAUCCACAAGCGCCAAUCGUUUUUCUUUAUUUUCUGAGCUUGAUUUAUAGAAAUGAUCAAUCACUGAUCGGGUGUCUAGUGGAGUUUCUGGAACUACAGUACCACCAGAAUUCUGAGAAUAGUGAAAUUAAGAACUUUUCAAACGCUGAAAUCAAUCAAUUCCUAGCCAAAAAAUCGUUUUGCAAUUCGGAAUUUUCGAUUUUAAUCGACAAAUUGAAGGAUGAUUUGAAUUUUUCGAUCACUUCUGAUACAUUUUGGAGGAUUCUACUCGAAAAAAUCGAUGAGAAUUCGAUGAUUUUUAUUGAAAAUCAACUGAAAAUGCUCAUAAAUCGACAGGAUCGAAAAUCGAUUCAGACGAAAAUUGAGCAGAUUUUUCGCAAAAUUUUGAAGAAUUUCGAAGAGAAAUCGACGAAAAAAUUGGAGCUGGUCUUGCUGAAAUUCCCGAAAAUCUUGUUUGAUUUUAACGAUGAGCAAUGGAGAUUGAUGCCGCCGACGACGACGAUUUCAUUGAAAAAGGAGCGAAUUCUGCAAAUUUCGGCGAUUUUAUUCGAAAAACUGGCGGCGGAACUUCAAAGAUCGGGCGAUACGAACGGAAAAGCGCCAUUCUGUCAGAUUUCAACGAUUAUCGAUGAUUAUUUGAAGAAGAUCCUCUAUGUGAUCGAUCGCGUCUUCGAACGGCAGCUCCGUUGUAAGGAGAGCAACGAGAUCAUGUCUCUGAAACUGUGGCUCAUCCUAUUCUUCAUGCGUGAAACAUCGAAAUUCGUCGAAUCCCAUCCGGAUAAGACACCAGAAGACGCGUCUCUCCAAUACGCCAAAAUCAUAUCCACGUGGCAGGAAGGCGAUGAAAUCCGUCGAGCACUGGAUGUACUCCUUCGGAACGCCGUCGCGGCAUUCCCAUACAAACACUCUUUGCUCCAUGAGACACUUCUGAAGGCGUUGGGACGAACGCCUGUGGGACAGAGGCCUUCUGCUUAUGAGUAUAUUGUACAGUCGCUGUUUGGACAGAGGAUUGCAGCCGUUUGCCAGUUUUGUACGGUUUGUGGACAUCCUGGAGCGAAGAAAAGGUGUCCGCAGUGUAAGCUCGCCUACUGCUCCCAAGAAUGUCAAAAAUUCGACUGGACAAUUCACAAAAAAGUGUGCUCAUCGUUGAAAGGAAAUCAAGAGAUUUCAGCCGAUGAUGGCCACAUGAUGCCGUUGGACCAAAUUCAGGACCAAAUUUCGAAAAUUGAUAUUUAA